CCAUCGGCUACGUCGUUCAUUUGUUGCUUCUGCUUCUGCUUCAGCUGCUGCGUCUUAUUGCUUGUGCCGUGUGUCCAGCCUCUCUUGUGCCGCCGUCCUGUUUGUAUCUCUCUUGUCGGUGAACGUGAAUACAUCUUCUCUCUACUUUCAUCCAUCACAGUCACUCUCAAACAGCAGCUGAAGCUACCUCCAGUCUUACACACCAGAUCCUGUGUCACGCCAGCCCUUUCCUCUUUCUCUCUCUCACCAGCAACCAGGUCCCUGAUACCCUUUUCCCCAACAACAUCUCGGUUCCUUCCCACGCUGCAAGGCCAAGACUGCUGCACACUUUGCGCCGCUACUUGGAUCCGACGAAAACGCAUAUCCGACCCUACUGCCCUUUCCCCGACCGCUAUCUAGCACCCCCCGUCUUGCCUGCGUCAUAUUUCCAACCACACGCGACGUCCCGAUCUUUCCGCAGGGCAGACCCCGUUUUAGCGGCAUCGCAAACCCCUUCCGAGUCCCACUUGCGGAAUAAAAACAUACCUCUGGGACCGUUGGGUGUCUAGUCACCGCUGUCAUGGCCAGUCUUCUCUACUACCCGGUCUACUUCCUCGAAGGCUGCGUCGCCCUCACCAUUGGCUUCUACAUGCUGUCCCUCAUCCUGCCCCGAGCAGCCUUCGUGGCCCGUUCGCUCGCCAGCUACCUCUCGCUGCUCCUCUGCGCCGGUUUCGGCGUCAUCACCUCCAUUGCCUUCUCCUUGCUCGGUCACGGCCAGAGCGCGCAAUGGGCCGUCGGCCGCUCCUUCAAGUACGUCAUGGCGCUGACCACGGGCGUCCGGUUCAAGAUCGACGACCCUAAGAACAUCCUCGGCAAAACCCGUCCCGCCGUCUUCAUUGGCAACCACCAGACCGAGCUCGACGUGCUCAUGCUGGGCUGCAUGUUCCCCAAGUACUGCUCCGUUACGGCCAAGAGCUCGCUGCGCAAGACCCCAUUCCUCGGCUGGUUCAUGUCCCUCUCGGGUUCCAUCUUCAUCGAUCGCGCUAGCAAGACCGACGCGCGCGCCGCUAUGGCCGGCGCCGCCAACCAGAUCCAGAAGAAGCAGCAGAGCGUCUACAUGUUCCCCGAGGGAACCAGGAGCUACUCCAAGGAGCCCGAGCUGCUACCAUUCAAGAAGGGCGCUUUCCACUUGGCUGUCCAGGCUCAGGUUCCCAUUGUGCCAGUUGUCGUUGCCAACUAUAGCCACGUCCUUAACGUGAAGGACUUCGUCUUCAACGCCGGAGUCAUUCCUAUGAAGGUCCUCGACCCCAUCGACACCACCGGCCUCACCACCGCCGACGUCGACGAGCUCUGCAAGAACACGCGCGACCUCAUGCUUAAGGAACUCAUCGCCCUUACCGCCAAGGCCCGCGGCCAGUCCGUCUCCGACAUUCCCGUUGCUAACAAGUACCCGAGCGUGGCCAAGGCGUCCGGAACCGAUAUGCAGGUCGCCGCCUAAACGCAUAAUUUUAUACAAUUCGGCUGAGAAACAGCAGCUCCGUCGAUCCAGAAAUGCCAGGUGGAACUCUGCCCGUUUUGCUGCGCAGCAGCCCAGGACAGCGUGAAAUCCCAUCAGCCAGUCAGCCCCGCGACGAGGAUGGACUGAACUGGGAUUGAGAUUAGUACUUUUUACCCCCCUAAGAAGAGGGUGGGAUGAGGAAGAAGACGAGGAAGCAGCCGAUUUUCAGCACAGAAAUAGGAAAAUAGAGGAGAGAGGUAGAGCCGAGAAUUGCAUAUCUCAGCGGCAUGAUGGCUCGGAACUACCCUUUGAGUUUACGUGCAGGAGGAAGACAAGGAGGGGAUGAAGACUGCGCAAGAAGGAAUGAAAUCAAGAAUAUUAUGCGACAAAGACAGAGCUACUAGAACUAGACUAGCACAUCUUUCUAUAUAGGAUGGGAUACCCAGUUACCAGGUCACGUACUUGGGGGUUGUGAUGCGGUUUGGGGGUUGGGCCAUCUCCCUAACCUUUGAAAUCAAAGGGGGUUGACAAAAGGCGCCACUCAAGCCGCCUGACAACCCCCUUCUCGACUUCUGUUUCGUGGUUGGAUUGCUGGAUCUGUGGGAUCGGGUUCGUUGGCCGGCGGACGACCUGAGAAGAAGUGGAAGAGGGUUGGUGGCAAAAGGUGAUAAGCCAAUGGGAAAUACGAAAAGGAAGUGAAUAGAGAAUAUGAUACCCAUGUACUUAAGUGCAUUGCGUUGCGUUGCGGCACACGAACAUUCAGCUCGAGGAUCCGCGCCUGGCUUUCAACCGCUACAGUACCGUGAGAAGAUAAUUAUGUACACAACAACAUGUAAAAGUCUAACCAG